AUGGGACAGGACAAUUGCAAACCCCAGCCCGGGGACCUGAUCGAGAUAUUCCGGCCACUUUACCAGCACUGGGCCCUCUACGUGGGGGAUGGAUAUGUCAUUCAUGUGACAGAUGAAGAAGCCUCAUCCCUUUUGCUUAGUAGCUCAUCAAUACAUGCCACAAGAGCCAAGGUGAAGAAGCAACUCCUGAACGACGUGGUGAAAAAUGAUAGAUGGCGUGUCAACAACAAGUAUGACCGCUCCCGCACUCCUUUCCCUGUGAAGGAGAUCAUCCGGCGCGCUGAGCUAUGCAUUGACCGGGAGGUGCCAUAUGAUGUGCUUACCAGCAAUUGUGAGCACUUUGUGACAAUGCUGCGCUACGGAGAAGGAGAGUCUGAGCAGGUCACAAAGGCAGCUGCUGGCAGUGCUGCAGCAGCUCUAGGAAGUUUCAUUCUUGCUGGUGCUGCUCUUGUUGGGAUGGCAUUGUCUGAGAGCACAUCCAGGAGAUAG